CCUGCCCCUUCGAGAAAUGCAGCAGAACCCAGGGCUGAGAGCAUCGUCACCCCCAAGACCUGCAGCUACCGACGACCUCACACGAUCAGAUCACGACAGAGACCCUCCGGCCGUACGGCGCCUUGUUGCGUCGACUUUUCGCUUGCCUGGCUCCCCUUUAUUCGGCGUCCAAGAGGGGUGAGAGCCUGUCGGCAUUGUCCUGGCCUGGACUGCGCCCUCGUCACCCGCCCUUAAACAUGCGCAUACCACCACCUCCAAGAAAUUAAGACGCCGUCCCUGAAAUGAGUCUCUCACGCCCACCAUUCCGGAGCGGCUCACAGUUCCCACUACGUCUCUUGACCUCUUCCCGAGCCACAUCCUCAGCAUCAACACGCCUCCACACCAGCUCGCGGAGCACCGCGAAAUCGAGACCUAGCCAUGCGACUGCUCCCGCAUCGCGAAGGGCCUUUGCCUCCGUUUCCGCGGCUGACCUCAAGUUCGGCCAGCCCGUCUACGAGACGCAUCCUCACAUCCUGAAGCCAGGCGAGAUAACGCCAGGAAUCACGGCCCAGGAAUAUGCCGACCGACGAGCCGCCCUGGCCGAUGCCAUGACCGACGGCAGCGUCGCCGUUCUCCACGCCGCGCCGCUGCAAUACAAAUCGGGCGCCGUCUUCCACCCCUACCGACAAGAGUCCAACUUUCUCUGGCUCACGGGCUGGAACGAGCCCGAUGCCGUUGCUAUCAUUGAGAAGACGGGCCCCAAUCGGGGUGACUACAUCUUUCGAAUGUUUGUCAAGCGCAAGGACCCCCGCGAGGAACAGUGGUCAGGAUACCGCAACGGUAUCGAGGCUGCCGAGGACAUCUUCAACGCCGACGAGGCCGGGUCAGUGGACAGUGUAGAGACAGUGCUGCCGCAGAUUCUCGGCGCGGCGAGAUUGGUCUACGCGGAUACGCAGGGCUCGCAAAGUGCACACACGGGCUCGCUCUGGAAGUUCCUGGCCGGCAGAGAUGCUGGACCCUCCAAGACGCCGCUCUACCCCGUCAUGAACAAGCUUCGGGUCGUGAAGAGCCCCGCCGAGGUGGCCAACAUGCGCAAGGCUGGUCAGAUAUCGGGUCGGGCCAUCACCGAAGCCAUGCGGCAGCCUUGGGCUCAGGAGAAGCAUCUCCACGCCUUCCUGGACUACCAGCUCAGCAUCAACGGAUGUGACGGCCCGGCGUACAUUCCCGUUGUAGCGGGCGGCGAGCGUGCGAAUUGCAUCCACUACACGGUCAACAACGCGACGCUUCGCGAGGAUGAGUUCAUCCUCGUCGACGCCGGGGGCGAGUACGGUACGUAUAUUACCGACAUCUCUCGCACGUGGCCGGCCUCGGGCAAGUUCUCGGCGGCCCAGCGCGACCUCUACGAGGCGGUGCUCCGGGUGCAGCGCUCGAGCGUCUCGCUUUGCCGCGAAUCGGCGCACAUGUCGCUCGAGGACAUUCACGGCGUAACGGCGCGCGGGCUCGUCGACCAGCUGCGGGCCAUUGGCUUCGACGUGUCCAUGUCGUCCAUCGAUCAGCUGUUCCCGCACCACGUAGGGCACUACAUCGGGCUCGACGUGCACGAUUGCCCCGGGUUCAGUCGACGAGAGGUGCUGCGCCGCGGCCACUGCGUCACCAUCGAGCCGGGCGUCUACGUUCCCGAUGAUGAGCGCUGGCCGGCGCAGUUUCGUGGAAUGGGCGUGCGCAUCGAAGACAGCAUUUGCGUCGACGAUGACUCGCCGUACAUUCUCACCACCGAGGCCGUUAAGGAAGUGGAUGAUAUUGAAGCACUACGGUCAUAGUAUCACCACGAUGUAAUCUAUGCCGCCAUGUAUCAUACCUAUUCUGUACACAUCGAAGGACUCAACACGUAAAUACCAGCAUGCGACCCAUCCGCGGACAAGGUAUCGCGUACCUUUCCACUGGACACUAUAUAUCUACUCGUCUGUCGGCACGUAGCCAGAGCAUCCCUGCUGAGACAUGUCAGUGCGCGGGAGGGGACAGCGGAAGCAGAUUGCCGAACCAGCAGAUAGAUACGUAGGGAAUAGGCGCGAAAAAAGCCGGAGCAACAACAACACACGCCACAUACCGCACACAGCACACACUGGGCAGUCGGUCAGUCCAGCGCCGCCCAUGAAAGGUGGCCCAUCGUCGGUCGUGUCCCUUGGACUCCGU